AUGGAUCCAAGCAAUGUUCCUAGUAAGUCUGCUAGCUACGUAGGACUGCUUCACAGUCAACAAGGAAGCGUUUAUCAUGAAAACUUCCCUUAUGGAAGUUUUCAUUCUAGUGUCAACUUUGCAGAAUCCGAUACAUUUCCGGCUUUCAGUUCUCAGCAAUCUGAAGACGCACCAGUAGACGCACAAGCUGCCCGUCCUGUAAGACGCAAGUGGACCCCUACAGAUGACGAGGUGCUGAUCAGUGGGUGGCUCAACACUUCGAAGGAUUCGAUUGUUGCAAAUGAGCAGAGGUCGGGGGCCUUCUGGAUACGGGUUGGUAAGUAUUAUGCAGAGAGUGUCCAUGGAAGAGAGGAUGGUGUGAGAGAGCACGGUUGUUGCAAGAAGAGGUGGCACAGAAUCAAUGAUGAUGUUAACAAGUUCUGUGACGCAUACUCGGCAGCUCAGCGCCAAAUUAGCAGUGGUGAGUCUGACACAGACGUUCUGAAGAAGGCGCAUGAAAUUUUCUUCUCUGAUCAAGAGCACAAGUUCACACUUGAACAUGCUUGGUGUGUGUUGAGGCCCGAAGGUGUCAGGGCUGCUAAGGCUAAAAGAAAUACGGGUAAAGGGAAGUCCGUCGCUGAGAUUGCAACAGUUUGGGAAAUGAAGAAGGACGAUUUGGUGAGGAAGGAGAGACUGUCGAAGCUAGCAAUACUAGACACUCUCUUCACCAAGCCUGUUCCAUUGACUGAGAGGGGAGAAUCUGCGAAGAAUAAGCUCCUAGCCGAGUUAUUCUGA